AAGAUCAACCAAAGUGCAGAAAACAACAAAUUGCGCAAAUGCAAAUAUAAAUGAAUAGCAAUAAAUAACGAGAACAUGAGAAAACCAGAUAAAGAGUCCUUAUAGUGAGAUCAUUGGUUGUUGGAACAUCUCAAUGGAUGGGCGAGUGAGUGUAGUUAGAACACAGAGCAUAGAAAAUCUACAGCACAGUACAGGCCUUUCGGCCAACAAUUUUGUGCUGACCAUGUAACCUACUCUAAGAAACUGCCUAGAAUUUACCUACCCUACAGCCCUCUAUUUUUUAAGUUAUUCCAUUUUGUUCAAGAGCCUGAUGGUUGAGGGGUAGUAACUUUUCUUGAAUCUGGUGACGCGAGUCCUGAGGUUCCUGUACCUCCCACCUGAUGGCAACAUCAAGAAAAGAGCAUGGCUAGGGUGGUGAGGAUUCCUGAUGGUGAGUGCUAUUCCCCUAUGACAGCAUUUCAUGUGGAUGGGCUCAAUGGUUGGGAAGGAUUUACUUGUGAUGUACUGGGCUGAAUCCACUACCUUUGUAGGAUUUUCCAUUCAAAGGCACUGAUGUUUCCAUACCAACCAGUUACUACACUCUCCACUACACAUCUAUAGAAAUUUGUCAAAGUUUUUUAUGUUAUGCCGAAUGUCUGCAGACUCCUAAAGAAGUAGAGUAACCAGCAAAGUGUCAGUUCUUGAAACUUGGAGUGUGGGAUGUUGGGCUUCUGUACCUCUGCCUGAUUGUAGCUGUGAGAAGAUGGCAUGGCCUGGAUGGUCGGGGAGAGGGGGUGUUCUUUGAUGAUGGAUGUUGCCUUCAAGAGCAGACCCUCCUGUAGAUAGUACUGAUGGUGUCGAGGGAUAUGCCUGUGAUGUAUUGGGCAAAGUCCACUUGCUUACUGACUUACAUUAGUUCCCAGCAAGGAGAUGGAGAAAGCAUAGUCUGGAAGAAGGUGGAGAUGGGAUUGGGUGGGGAAGGUAAGAGCUGAGGGAGGAAAGUCACUCAUCUUGUUGAUAGCUUUACUAGAAGAGUUCAUCUCGACCAUCAAAUAGGACUACCAACAAGGAAAAGGUCACCGGAUGGAUGAGAGAUGGUUUCCAUCAUACUUGCUGAGUUCUAUGCUUACAUUCUUGAAACCACUCCCAAGUGGAAAGGCUUAGGCAAUCCCUCACUGGGACUGAGACAAAUGCAACAUUAUUCUGAUGGGAAAAAGCAAAAGUAUAACAGAUGGUAGAGAUUUCAAACUCCUUUGGCAUCCCACCCGUUCUGCCCCAGCAUCCAUUCAGUCAGGUUGUAUCUUUACAUUGCUAUAGCAACAUGCCUAGCAAUCAUAGCAACUUGCAUAAUUUGACACUCUUACUACAGGACAGUUUUUAUACAUGUUAAAAAUGUUUCUGCUUUUUAAUUGUUUUAGAAAACACAUUUUCAUGUGCUGGAGACAGACAGUUUAUGGUUGCAAUGAAUUUUUCCUGUAAAACUAUUAAUAAGGAAGGUGACUCUCCUCUCCCGCUUAUCACCUCCUUCCACUUCCACCUUCCUAAACUGCGUCAGCAGCACCCAACACUAUUUCACCGCCUGACCUGUUUAUGGCCUUGUUUUUGUACUGGCUUGUAAUUUUUUUCUAACCUCAUCUAGGCACAGAAAUUUUGAGACUCCGCUUGAAGACAUUGUUUCUAUAGCAACAGGGAGUAUGCAUUUGUAGAGGUACAAUGAAUAUCACGGUAGAAACAAGACCCUCCAUUAGUGGGAAACAGACACCAACUCAAAGCUUCAGACAAGCUUGGCUAGAUCUGACCCAGCUGGACAUAUUCCAGGUACCAGGGAAGACAAUCUGCAUCCUUGUUCAUCUAGGGGUUUCCGAUGUGGAAGUGAAGAAUAUGGAUGUGGCGGCAAGGAAGUCCAGCCCUCCUACAAGUAACCAGGUGCUGUGUCUCACCGUGGCCAACAUGAGAAGAACCCUGUGCAGGGUCAACCCACGGAAGGCUGCUGGACCAGACAACAUCACUGGUAGAGUGCUCAGAGGAUGUGCAGACCAGCUAGCAGAUGUUCUUACUGACAUCUUCAGCAUUUCCCUGAGCAGCGCCACCGUUUCAAUGUGUUUCAAGACCACCACCAUCAUCCCUGUGCCGAAGAAGUCUUCAGUGUCCUGCCUAAAUGACUACCGUCCCGUUGCACUUACAUCCAUCAUCAUGAAGUGUUUCGAGAGGCUCGUCAUGAGGCAUAUCAAGACCUUGCUGCCCACCACACUGGACCCCCUGCAGUCGGCAUACCGUCCUAACCACUCAACAGAUGAUGCCAUUGCCACCACCCCCCACUUGGCCCUAACCCACCUGGACAAAAAAGGACACAUACGUUCGGAUGCUAUUCAUAGACUUCAGUUCAGCGUUCAACACAAUCAUCCUUCAGAAUCUGAUUGAAAAGCUGAGCCUACUGGGCCUGAACACCUCCCUCUGAAACUGGAUCCUAGACUUCCUGACUUGGAGACCUCAGUCAGACUGGAUCAGGAGCAGCAUCUCCAACACCAUCACACUGAGCACGGGGGCUCCCCAGGGUUGCGUGCUCAGUCCACUGCUGUUCACUCUGCAGACCCACGACUGUGCUGCAACACACAGCUCGAACCAUAUCAUCAAGUUCGCCGAUGACACGACCGUGGUGGGUCUCAUCAGCAAGAACAACGUGUCAGCUUACAGAGAGGAGAUGCAGCGGCUAACAGACUGGUGCAGAGCCAACAACCUGUCUCUUAAUGUGAACAAAACAAAAGAGAUGAUUAUUGACUUCAGGAGGACAUGGAGUGACCACUCCCCGCUGAACAUCGACGGCUCCUCGGUAGAGAUCGUAAAGAGCACCAAAUUUCUUGGUGUUCACCUGGCGGAGAAUCUCACCUGAUCCCUCAACACCAGCUCCAUAGCAAAGAAAGCCCAACAGUGUCUCUACUUUUUGCGAAGGCUGAGGAAAGUCCAUCUCCCACCCCCCAUCCUCAUCACAUUCUACAAGGGUUGUAUUGAGAGCAUCCUGAGCAGCUGCAUCACUGCCUGGUUCAGAAAUUGUACCAGCUUGGAUCGCAAGACCCUGCAGUGGAUCGUGAGGUCAGUUGAGAAGAUCAUCGGGGUCUCUCUUCCCGCCAUCACGGACAUUUACACUACACGCUGCAUCCGCAAAGGAAAUAGCAUUAUGAAGGACCCCAUGCAUCCCUCAUACAAUCUCUUCUCCCUCCUGCCAUCUGGGAAAAGGCUCUGAAGCAUUCGGGCUCUCACGACCAGACUAUGUAACAGUUUCUUCCCCCAAGCUAUCAGACUCCUUAAUACCCAAAGCCUGGACUGACACCUUGCCCUAUUGUCCUGUUUAUUAUUUAUUGUAAUGCCUGCACUGUUUUUGUGCACUUUAUGCAGUCCAGUGUAGGUCUGUAGUCUAGUGUAGCUUUCUCUGUGUUGUUUUUUUUUACGUAGUUCAGUCUAGGUUUUGUACUGUGUCAUGUAACACCAUGGUCCUGAAAAACGGUGUCUCAUUUUUACUAUGCACUGUACCAGCAGUUAUGGUCGAAAUGACAAUAAACGUGACUUGACUUGA